AUCCCAAAAGCCGGCUGAGAAUCAGUUAAAAUCGAAAGUUCUACGUUAUUGGAAGUCAUUAUUAUUCAAAAUAAAAAUGCGUUCAGCUAUUUUAUUGGGCCUGAUUGCCUGCUUGGCUUUCAGCCUCGUCCUGGCAGCUGAAGAGUCCCCCAUCCAGUCGAAUGAUCUGUCCUCCGUCGAGAGGGAUAUCGGCCAGGCUGUGGAGUCCGAGGUGCGAGCUAAGAGACAAUUCGGCUUUGGCGGACCCUUCUAUGGCGGAUAUGGACGGCGUUUUGGUUAUGGCGGCUAUGGCGGAUACGGUGGAUUCGGCGGAUACGGCAGACCAUUCGGAGGCUUCGGUGGUCCCUUCGGCGGAUUUGGAGGUCCUUUCGGAGGCUUUGGAGGCCCCUUUGGAUUUUACGGCUAAAUAGUUACAUCUACCAAUAAAUGAAGACUGAAUAUGUA